UUGUCUCCACAUCGGUCUAACAUUAUUAUACAUACCCGCAUAGCGAUACGUCAGCAAGCCACCUAAGCAGCUGCAAGCCAAAAAAAAAUCAAUAAACUUGCCACACACCCACGCAACAAACGUGCGAAAUUGUGUAAAGAACAACUACGCAAUAUGUUGGAAAAGUCAAAGUCUUUAAUGAUGCUGCUUUGUGGUUUGCUGCUCUUAGGCAGCGGCGUUGUGCGCGCCUUUGAGUCGAAGGACAGCAUUUUUGCUGACGUCCUGCUGACUGACCUGCUCAAUCGCAUGGCUAAUGACAUGCAGGUGGGUUACUAUGAUGUGGACAAUGAGUCCGAUUUGGCAGCUGCUGCCGCCGCUGCAAAGGAUAAUGUCGAUUUGGUUUCACGCUCCGAGUACCCGAAUUUGUGUGAUGGCGAUGGCAGCACCGAUUGUGUGUUGCAGUCUUCCAAUCCGGCACUGCGUGAUCAGGAAUUUCUGCAGCACAGCUCGCUCUGGGGCCAUCAGUAUGUGUCGGGUGGCAUGGGUGAGGUGCCAAAUCGAUAUAACACCAUUGUGAAGACCGAUGCCAGUCUGCCCGCCUACUGCAAUCCGCCCAAUCCCUGCCCCGAGGGCUAUGACAUGGAUCUGCCCGGCAGCUGCAUCGCCGAUUUCGAGAAUACCGCCAUUUUCAGUCGGGAAUUCCAAGCUGCUCAGGAUUGUACCUGCGAUAGUGAACAUAUGUUUGAUUGCGCCGACCAAGAAAGCUCUGCUUCGAGCAACAGCGACAUGGAUUCAGCCGUAGAGAAGUUCCUCAUGCAUCAGUUUCAGAACGAUAAUGUCCUUGAUAGUGCCAACAGCGUUGUUAAGAAGGCUUUCAAGCCAGACUUGCGCAUGGAGGCUAUGAUCAAUCCGUUCCUACAGGGCGAUCGUUUGCCCAUUGCCGCCAAAAAAGGCAACAUGCUGUUCCAUUAAGUUAAGAGCCGUCAGCAAAAAUAGACGAAAAAGUGUUUGUGUUUUAUUUUCGUUGCCUAACUUAACAAAAUGAAUAACUGAAUUGUUUUAAAAAGUGUAACAACCACACAUAGAUACUAAAAGCUCAAAGUAUUCCCCAGCAUGCGUCUAUAAUAUAUGUAUGUAUUUAGUGUACAUUUAAAUCUUAGUGUUGUUCUACAUAAACUGCAUACUAAAUACAUAAUACUUUUAUCUUAAACGAAUGCUAAGAGCUUCCCCAAAAACAAAAAAAUAAAUAUACAUUUGUGUCCCCCCAAUAAAAAUAUACAUAUUAAAGAAGGGCUUAGAGCCGAAAAACAA